GACCCUAAAAUAGAUCUACAGAGGGUAAAUAGGGAUGCUGUCUGCCUUGCCCCACCAGACCACUGUUCUGUGCGGCAACGAACCAACUGUGAGACAAUCAACUUCUGAUUCGGACUGGAGAUAUGAACAGCCAGAGAAAAAAAAUUAUCAGCUAAAACAGAAGGGGAUUUGGACUUAGUGAAGUGAAGCAAAGGGUUUAAAAAGUGCUGGUGUUAUCUGGGACCAGUGGGAACUGCUUCUGCCAGAAGCUGAACGGAUAAAGCGAAGAAAAGACAAAAAGGACACAAAGCAAAGGAUACUGCUCUUUCACUGGAUUGUUGUGCUCCCUUGGAUUUUUGUUCCCUCCUCCUGAUCUAAGAGCAUCGGAGGAGAUAUUGCUGCCACCACUGCAAGGAUGAAGUACAACUACCAUGUACCAUUUUCAACUUACACACGCAGUUCACAAUACACACCAACAUACCACACACCUUCCUAUUAUAACCCCUCACAUUACACACCUACCACAUACACAUCCACAUAUGCCUCAGUGUCAAAGUACACCCCAACAUAUCACGGCACCACAAAUUACACCCCAUCACGUUUCACAUCCAGUUACAAAGCUGCGUCGACAUACAUCCCUUCGUACGGCAAAGGAUCACGGUUCAGUUCAACACAUCGCACGCAAGCACAAGAAAACCCUGCACCUGUAAUACCUGUGGCACCUGCAAAGAGAACUGUGCACUUCCCCAAUGACAUCAUCUUCCAGGAUAUUGUUAGACGAGGAGAUUUGGAGCAAAUUGGUCGCUUCAUGAGAGCAAGAAAGGUUCGAGUGGAUACACUCUUUCAUUCAGGUAUGGCUGCGUUACAUGAGGCAGUGCUGACUGGAAACCUGGAGGUGGUGAAACUGCUGGUGAAAUAUGGCGCUGAUGUCCAUCAGAGAGAUGAGGACGGCUGGACGCCGCUACACAUGGCUUGCAGUGACAGCUACCCAGAGAUUGCCAAGUAUCUGCUGGCAAUGGGAGCAAGCACGGAAGCAGAGAAUGAAAGUGGAGAAAAGCCUGCAGACCUCAUUGACCCAGACUGCAAAGAGCUGACCAAGCUGUUUGAAACUGGCAGCAUGUGACAAGCACCAAAGGCAUCCAUAAGAGAACAACCAUAAACACAGUGAAAAUAGAGAGAAUAGCCAUCCAUAGGGGAGAUGGUAAACAACACCAGAGUGGAAAAAAAUCUUCUGCUGCAGAUUGUACCAUCUCCUGAGAGGCUAAAUUUGGUUUGUUACAUUGACAACUGAAAUUCAGAUCUCUUUAAAAUCAUUAGUUUUAGAAUACAACCUUAAAGCAAUACCCCAUCUAUCUGUUUCUGGUGAUUACUCUAUUUUUCUUUAUUGUAUGUAAGACUUCAUUUGGUGAAUUUGCAUAUUUAUUAUACUUUGUUGUGCCUGUGUUGGUGCUGUAAGGCUAAAUAUUACUCUGCCACUAUCUGACAUGUAACACAAUGCAUGUUGCUGAACCUGAAUGUCAUAUUUACAUGUUAAGGUCUGGCUAUCCAUACAUUUCUGGAGAAAAUUUGAUUUUUAUGCCCAUAAGCUUUACGGUUUAAAUAGCUUACUUGUGCUGAUGUUAAUCUGACUCUUUUUUUUUUUUUUUACUGUAUUUAAAUGCAUUUUUAUGUAUUUUAAUGUGUGCAUAUUGUAUUUACAAUAUAGAAUUGGGGUUGUGAUGACUGCAUUUAAUAUGUUUUUGUAAAUCCUCACUGCAGGGCAGAAAGAGGGUCAUCUAGAUCAAUACAAAAUACUUCACUGAUGGUCAAAAAUUCAAACAAAUUCACAAAAAAGCACCAAGUUUAUGUUAUUAUCCUCUACUGCUGCAGUUUUUCCCCUAAUGUAUUAUAUUAUUUCAUGUAGUAAAAGUACAAAUAUCAUUGAAAGUCUUACUAUUUUCAGUUUAGUUAUGAAUUUUGUACUUUUUCA